CCUUGAGCGCCUACUGCUUCAUUGGCCAUGAGAGUUUCCUCGAUAAAAGCGACACAUGCGAAACACUAGAAACACUCACGGCCCAGAUCCUUGCCGUCUCUGUUCUAUUCAUGUGCCGGGCCGUCAAUCAUUCAAUCCUAUUGUUCGACGGAACAUUGCCUUUGUAAGAGCAUGUGCGUCCCUUCUCUGCCGUCCGAUAUAUCAGUAGACUCCUCAUUGUGCAAUUGCAUGUGGCCCAUCUACUCCCCAUUCAUCCGUAUGAACAAUUCGCUCUCUUUAUUCAGCCUCCCGCAGCCCUAUUGUCCUUGGGAGACAAUGGCCAUGGGCCAUCCUUAGCCAUUCAUUCCUUAUUGCUACAUAAGUCCUCGAUAGAAACCAGACCUCUCCGGUCUCUACUUACUUCUUACGCCUUUCCUUACCUUCCUGUUCCCCCGGACUCCUCUCUCCUACUCUUCGACAGAGAUACUAAAAAAAAGACCACCGCCAAAACAUCUGCUUGCCAGAUACAUCUUCAGAAAAAAAAAUUAGCAAUCUGCAGGUCAGAGGCUACGAUAGCGGUCUCAUCAAGACAUUCAUUAAUCAGCAUUCGAAUACGAGGAGCCCGAGAUGCUUCCUACGAUCAAAGGUACCGGCUACCUAGUCCUCAAUGGACUUCGAGCUCUCACCCUCAUUGGCCUCGCCAUGGCCAUGGCGUCCUCUUGGAUCAUGAUUGUACUGUCAUGUCUUGGUGGACGCUUCGACUUUUUCGACUCGGCUUCUCACUUCUUCGUCUUCGCCGUCGCCAUCUUUCUCUUCAUCUCCGAGUUGAACAUUAGGUCGUUCAGAGGAUUCUUCGCCAGGAGCUGGCCUGUCCUAUGUCCGACUCAUUCACUGGUAUGGCUCGGUCUAGCCAUGGUCGUCAUGGGCUGCGCCAUCAUGGGCGAUCUGGUCAAACCGGCCUACUCCAUGGACAACCUCGGACUCGCCAUGUGGCGCCUCGUACUAGCCUCGGGCAUCCUCUCCCUCACUUUCGGCGUCUUCAACGUCGUCGCGUCGCUCAUCUUCAACACUUCUGAAGGCGAGGGCAAGAUCAGAAGACGAAUCACGGCUAGAAUGAUCCGCAGCCACGGUGACCAAGCUAGGGGCAUCAUCGAGAAGCAGGACCCAUUCCCUGACUACUACAGUAGCCAGAGCGGCUACCCCGAGGAUCUGCCACCGGCGGUGAACGACCACUACUACCCCCCGGUGGUGCAGGAGCAAGAGCAACCGGAGCUGGACAACACCUUCAAGGCGCGGGCGCACAGAUGGACCAGGGCGGCCUUUCCCAAGAACUUUCGCAAAUCCGGCAGGUUCCCCGUCAUUAGCGAUCCCAUCCCCAGCGUUGGGGUGGUGGCGCCCACUCCUCAGAUGAACGCGGACAGCAAGCGAUCUGGUGAUCAUACUGGCGACCUCGAACGCGGCGACAGCUUCCGCAGCAACCGCAGAAACAGUGGCGGGCGCUUCCCUAUCAACACCGGCGCAGGAAGAAACAACAGCCCUCCGCCCCAGAAUGACCGUUCCAGCCCAGUCUCGCCAAACGUCCAGAGACCGCCAACUGUGCUACACCCUUACUACAAUGGCGGUAGGAGGAGCCCGAGUCUGUACAGUGAUGCGAACAUGUCCCGAUUCUAAGGGUUGGUGGGUUAAGUGAUGAUGGGUCGUACAAUUUGAGUUGGGCUGGGAUAUGAGCGACAGACUUCUGUAGAUAGCUGGCUUUUUUUUCUUCUUUUUUUUCUUUCUUUCCCCUGUUCUUUUCAUUUUUUGUUCCUUUGAAAAUACCCAGUAUGAGAGAUUCUGCAUAUGGUCAAGGCGUUUUUGUAUUCUUGGCCCAGGUGCCAUCAUGACGAAGAAUUGAGAAUACACAGUUAAUGGCUCAGUUCCCGAAAGGGGAUACGAC